AAAACCAAAACCUUCUCUUUUUUCUAGUACAAGAAUCUGACCAAAAGAAAAAGAGAUUUUUUUUUCUUUUUUACUUACUGGGGCAGUUUCUCUGAACGCCUAUGCCUGAGGCCCCGUCGGCGUAGAGGCAGACACAAUAUAGGCGGCACCCGCCGGCAGGGCACGUCGCUGGCCCUAACAGGCCCGUGCUCCCGGCCGCAGCCGUAGUACGCUAGUACGCUGCAACGCACGCAGAGACUGUUUUUACUACGAGCGCCGCCCUAGUGGAAGGAAUCCUUUUACUUUUGCCUCUUUAUUGCUAGCCUUUCUGCGCUAGCUGUUUUUCGCUGUUGCUCUGCCAGUUCAUUGGGAUCUGCGGGCUCCGUCCGGCCGCCCGUGUGGGUUGUUGUGUUAUUGCUUCGUCCGCCAGGUGGGAUUCCCGAUGCGGAGCUUAUUGUUGAUUACAUUUUGAUAACUGGAUCUUGAGUCUUCACAGGGGGUUAGAGUCCUUCUGUGUAUAUUGUGUUGUUUAGCAGCAGAUCAAUUUAAUAGAACAUGGCAAGAUCUGAAUCAGACAAGGAUGAUAUUUUCUUCGACGCAUUUGAAGAUAUUCGAUCUGCAAGGGACACUUCAUCAUCAGAGGAUUGCAGCACGAGUGAUGAAAUUUCAGUGACAAUGAAGUUUGAGUAUGAAAUUUGGGCAAACAAGCCAAUCAGUGUUCAAGAAAGGCGACAAAGGUUCCUGAAAGGAAUGGGACUCAAUGAAUUUUUUGCUACUAGAAUGGAUUCUUUUCAAUGCGAUGGAGAAAUCACAACUGCUGAGUCUUUCACCGACAUGGAGGAGAGAACUGUCAGUGGCAUUUCUUCCUUGGAUUCAUUAUCAGUUUGUGACAAUGAAUCGGUAUUUGAUGGUUCCUGUUGUAUAAGGGAUCUGGAUAGUGGAAAAAGAUAUAUAGUUCACAAUGGUGCGCAUAGCAGUCUGACUGACAUGCUUAAGGAGGUUGGAUCAGAUAAGGUGAUAUCUCUUCUAGAGUUUGAGAGCUUGCUUGGCCUCUCUCGAUCUGUUUCAAAAUUAUUGCGGAAGGGGUGUGGUAACAGUCCUACAAGAGAAGCAAAAGGUGCUAAAAAAAAGGAUAUCAAAAGCUUGUGGAAGAAAUUCAUGACAAAGAGAAGUUUUGGUGGAAUUUGCAAGUAUGAUGUCCAUGUGGAAAACUGCACAACAGGUAUACCAUCCAGAACAAGAGUUCUACAUCGCAAGAAAAAUGUUGUCGAAUUCUCUGCUGUCUACAUGGAUCAAGAAAUCAGAGGUCACAAGGGUUCAAUUAGGGCCAUGAAAUUCAGCCCAUCUGGCUGGUAUCUAGCAAGCGGUGGUGAGGAUUGUGUUGUACGAAUAUGGCAAAUUACAGAAGUAGAAACAUCCCCUAAGUUGUAUAGGGGGGAAGAUCCCCAUGAAUGUGUGGAGAAAAUUGAAGUCCGUAGGACAAAACUAGCAAAGGGGCAGAACCAUGCCCUCGCAGUUAUACCCAAGAAGGUUUUUCGUAUUUCAGAGACUCCAUUACAUGAAUUCCAUGGUCAUACAAGUGAUAUCCUCGAUAUGGCAUGGUCAAAAUCAGAUUGUCUCUUGACUUCGUCUAAAGAUAAGACUGUGCGCUUAUGGAAGGCUGGCUGUGAUGGUUGUCUUGCAGUUUUCAAGCACAAAGACUAUGUGACGUGCGUUCAAUUCAACCCUAUUGAUGAGAGAUACUUCAUCAGUGGCUCAUUAGAUGGUAAAGUCCGCAUUUGGGAUGUUUUGGACAAGAGAGUAACUGACUGGGUGGAUACACGGAAUAUCAUAACUGCUUUGAGUUACCAACCAGAUGGAAAGGGUUUCAUUGUUGGCACGAUUGCAGGAGCAUGCCGCUUCUAUGGCCAAUCAGGCGAAAACAUCCAACUAGACAAAGAGUUGUUUGUGCAAGGGAAGAAAAAGUCAGCUGCCAGUCGGGUCAACAGUCUGAAGUUAUGUACAAGUGAUUCCAAUAGGAUUAUAAUCACAUCAACAGAUUCCAAAAUCCGAGUCACCGAUGGUGAUACCAUCCAAAAGUUUCGAGGGCCUUGGAAGUCAAAGGCUCUAUCGGCGCCGUCUUUAACCUCGGAUGGUAGAUAUCUUAUAUCUGUCGGCAAGGAUUCCAAUGUCUACAUUUGGAACUUUGCCAAUUCAGGAGAGGCUAAGUCAGCUCACUCUUGUGAGCUGUUCUACUCCAAGGACGUGACCACCGCAGUACCAUGGCCGGGAGUGCAUCAAGACAGGCACAUCAAGCCUUCCUGCUUGACGGAGAAACCUGUUGUUGUGCCCACGUUGCGCCGCCACGGGGAAUGCCUCUCCCCUGGGCGGUGGUCUUUAGCUGACGGUACGAGGGGGUCAGCGACAUGGCCUGAGGAGAAACUCCCUUCUACAAAGCCUGAAAAUGGCCCGCAAUUAGGUGAUUGCCUCUCCAUGGUAUCUGCCGCGUGGAACACGGUCAUCGUGACCGCUAGUGGCGACGGAGUAAUCCGGUCUUUUCCCAACUACGGCUUGCCUGUGAGAUUGUGAGCUGCAAAAGCAAAGGAAUCAAUGUCUUGGUAGAGAGUGACGGUAGGAGUCUCAAGUUUGAUUCGGCGAUAAGCUGAAGUUUUUUUCAGAGAUCCUAGGGAAGUAGUGGAAGAGGUCGGAAGAAAGACUUUUUUGUACCAUUGGUUAGAUUCUGAACUUCUGAAGAAGAGAUGGUCUGUCCAAAACCCCCAACACUUCUGACCACAAGAUUUUAUUUUGCUUUUAACUU